AUGAACUUGUCUCUCCUUUUUAUCUAUUUGCUAGUGACAAAUAUAGCCCAAGGUCUUCCAAUUCAACAUCAAAAAAGGUGGAGCUUUUUUGAUCUCUUUGACCUGCAGUCAUCCGCAAGUGCUGUAGCUACAACCCUAGCACCAACACCAGCUGUAAUACCAGCUACAACACCAGCUCCUGUUCAAGCCCCAGUAGCAGUCACUACUCCGGUAGCGGUUGCUACCCCAGUACAAGUCGUUCAGUUAGCUGCCACACCAUCGGUUGCUCCUCAAACCACUGCUGCUGCCCCCGCUGCCGCCGCCGCUACUGCUCUGGGAACUUCUGAUGGUUCUAGUUGGCUUGCUAAUCCAACCACUACUGCAGCUACAACUCAACCACAGCCAGAGGCAGCUGCUGCUGAAGACGACGCUGACUACCCAUCCGAGACCACCAUCACAAGAAUACUUACCGUAACCAGAACCGGAUAUAGCUCUGAUUUCCCUGCCAGUAACCCAACCCAAGCAUCCCAACCAACUACGACAACAUCAUCAUCAUCAUCCAGCACUGGAGGGGGGUUCCUCAACUGGUUAGCAGGACUUUUUGGCUCAUCUUCAUCAUCAUCAUCAUCAACCCAAACCACUACAGUCCAACCAGAUGCUUCUCAAGUUGUAAGUUCUGAUCCUUCAUCCUUCAUUGAAGAACCAGUUUCAAUCCCUGAUCCCCAACCAGUUUCAUAUCCUGCUUCUUCCCAGGUUAGCAUCCCAUCUGCAUCAGCAUCCUCCAUAAACUUGAGCUUUCAAGGUGGAUCUCCAGGAAAGAAUGCACUCGCAUCCAGUAUGGCAACUGCAUCUGCAAUUAAUGGUGGCAGUAAUGCAGGAGCAGCAGCUGCAGUUGGUUCCAAAGGUAUCACUUACUCUCCAUACACAAAGACGGAUCAAUGUAAAUCUGCAUCUGAUGUAGCUUCUGAUAUUGCUAAAUUAUCCAAUUUUGACGUUAUUAGAUUAUACAGUACUGAUUGUUCUGGAAUUGAAAACGUUUUAAGUGCAAUGUCAUCUCACCAACAGUUAUUCUUGGGUGUUUGGAAUGUGGACCUGGUUCAAGGUGAAUUGCAAGAUAUUGUAACUGCGAUUUCUGGAAGUUCCCGAGGGUGGAGUGCAGUCCAUACUAUUGCAAUUGGGAAUGAAAGAGUUAAUGCUGGAGCUGCCACGGUUGCUGAUAUACAAAAUGCAGUUUCACAAUCUAGAGUAUUCUUAAAACAAAAUGCACCUCAAUAUACUGGACCAAUUGUUUCAGUUGAUACCUUAGUUGCUGUUGUUGGUAAUCCAGCUCUUUGUGAAGUUUCCGACUACCUUGCUGUUAAUUCUCAUCCAUAUUGGGAUGGUGGAGUUCAACCAGAAAAUUCUGGACCUUGGUUACAACAACAAAUUGCUAACUUACAAAACGUUUGUGGUAAAGAUAAACAAGUGUUGAUCACGGAAACCGGAUGGCCAACUCAAGGUGAUACAUUUGGUCUGUGUGUUCCACUGGUUCCAAAUCAAGUUGCUGCUAUAAAGUCCAUUGUGAAUUCCUUAGGUUCACAAGUUAUCAUGUUUACCAUGUACAACGAUUAUUGGAAGGACCCUGGACCAUACAAUGUUGAGCAGCACUGGGGUAUCUUUGGGGACCCAGCAGAAUAG